UGUACUGCAGCUUUUUCACGGAGGCUCCAACUUUUUUUGCUUUUUAACGACAAUCGAGGGUCAUUCGCGUUCGCUGUCACAUAUUUUUGUACGAAAACACACUUUUAAAAAACACCGUGAAUGUUUGCGCGGAGAUGUCUCGUUAACAUGGGCGGAAGUUGUAAGCUGAGAGGAAACGAUCCAGCUUGUCCACUGGAAGAAGGAAAAAGGGGGCUGGAAAUUUGGGAAAAGCCCUCGUUUUUUUUCGUUUUUUUUUUUUUUUUUAACUUGUUGGACUGCUGACGCGUCCCGUAGCUCCUUUGCACACAUCUGCUCUUCCACCAUGAUGAUGAGGAUGCGUCACUUUGUUGUGUUUUUCGGUGUCUUUCUGUCGCCGGCCUGCUGCUACUUCUCGGAGGAGAGAUAUCCGGAGGAGUCGCGAAUGCAGCCUCCGACGGUGGUGAUCGCCAUCAUAGCCAGGAACGCCGCGCAUUCUCUGCCUUACUACCUCGGAGCUUUGGAGAGGCUCGACUACCCCAAAGAACGCAUCUCUGUGUGGGCAGCCACGGACCACAAUGCAGACAACACCACGGCCGUGCUGAAAGAGUGGCUCACCGUCAUGCAAAGGUUCUACCAUUACGUGGAGUGGAGACCCAUGGAGCAACCCGUGUCCUACGCGGGAGAGCUGGGUCCAAAGCACUGGCCCAACAGCCGGUACGAGUACGUGAUGAAGCUCAAGCAGGCGGCGCUCAACUUUGCCAGGAAACGCUGGGCUGACUACAUCCUGUAUGCCGACACGGACAACAUCCUCACCAACCCCGACACCCUCAACCUGCUGGUGGCCGAGAACAAGUCCAUCACGGCGCCCAUGCUGGACUCUCAGGGGGCCUACUCCAACUACUGGUGUGGUAUAACGCCACAGGGUUAUUACAGGAGGACGGCUGAGUAUUUCCCCACCCGCAACCGCCAUCGUCUGGGCUGCUUCCCCGUGCCCAUGGUGCACUCCACCGUGCUGCUGGACUUGAGGAAGCAGGGCAUGAAGAAGCUGGCCUUCUACCCGCCUCACAAGGAGUACUCCUGGCCCUACGACGACAUCAUCGUCUUCGCCUUCUCCUGCCGAGUCGCAGCCAUCCAGAUGUACCUGUGCAACAAGCAGCGCUACGGCUACUUGAAUAUCCCCGCCAAGCCUCACCACACGCUGGAGGACGACCGCCUCAACUUUGUCCACGUCCACUUGGAGUCCUUGAUUGACGGUCCUCCCAUGCAGCCCUCACGCUACGUCCACAUGUCCCCCAGACGGAGAGACCUCAUGGGCUUUGACGAGAUUUACCUGAUCAACCUGCGGCGGCGCCCGGACCGCAGGGAGCGUAUGUUGUUCUCCCUCAACGAGCUGGAGGUGGACGUGAAGGUGGUGGACGGCGUGGACGGAAAUGCAUUGAACAGCAGUGACAUCAAGAUCCUGGGCGUGGACUUGCUACCAGGCUACUACGACCCCUUCUCAGGACGCACGCUCACCAAAGGGGAGGUGGGCUGCUUCCUCAGCCACUUCUACAUCUGGAAGGAGAUGGUGGACAUGCAGAUGGACAAGGCGCUGGUGUUUGAGGACGACGUCCGCUUCCAGGCCAACUUCAAGAGGCGGGUCCUGCGUCUGAUGGAGGAAGUGGAGCAGGUGGAGCUGGACUGGGACCUCAUAUACUUGGGCAGGAAGCAGGUGAACCCCGCCAAGGAGGAGGCGGUGGAGGACGUGAGGAACCUGGUGGUGGCCGACUACUCCUACUGGACUCUGUCCUACGCCAUCUCCCUGCAGGGGGCGCAGAAGCUGCUCAACGCCGAGCCGCUCUCCAAGAUGCUGCCGGUGGAUGAAUUCCUGCCCAUCAUGUACGACAAACAUCCCAACGACGACUACAAGUCGCACUUCCCCAACAGGAACCUGCAAGCCUUCAGCACGCGCCCCCUGCUGGUGCAGCCCUGCCACUACGCCGGCGACCCCCAGUGGGUGAGCGACACGGAGACGUCCACGCUGUGGGACGACGACGCCGUGCGCACCGACUGGCGGGGUUCCCACAAGACCCUGAAGGGGGCGGUGCCGCCGCCCGAGAUCCUGUCGGCCGCCUACAGGGACGAACUAUAGGGCGGCGCGCCCGACCUCGGGAGCUGCGGGUCAGAGAUGGCACCCCGGGGAGGCCGUGUUCUCACGCCGAGCGUCAUGUGACCGUCCUGUGUUUAAAGGUGGACUUUACUGCAAAGCACGUCGGCACAGGAUGGAUUGAAAUAUGAAAUAUUCUUUGGGGACAAUCAAGGUCAGGACAUUGAGUGUACAAUUGAUACUCGACAGUCUUUACGCUUCAUUUACCUGCGUCUUCAUGGCCGCACGUACCUCAGUCGCUGUCAGCCCACUUUAUUAGGAACACCAUCACCCCAGACAGGAGCUGCAUCGAAAAACACAACUUUUAUUAUUCCUUCAUUUGAUGAAUAGUGCUCCAUUUUGCAGUCAACAGUGCAGCAAAAUGACCAAAAGAAUAUUUAAGAAACGUCUUUCCUGUCGCAUCACUGGGAUCUUUUCUUUGUUGUGUGUGUGAGACAACGUUGCAAUAAAAGUAAUGACGUGAUGCGCCAAAUGCCAUUUCACUU